UCCUACUCAAGGGGCAUCCACGGAGCUGGGUCAGCAAACUUAACACUGGUCAUCUGAGCCUGCGCCCGCCCUUCCUCCCAGGUCAGGGCGCCCCCACCCCCUGGGUUUUUCCUCCGUGGACUCCGCUUCCUUUUCCUUCUUUUCUCCCUCCUCCUUCUUCUCCUUCUUUUCCACGUGUCUUCUCCUCCCAUCCUCUUUUCUCUCCAUCCCCACCUCCCACUCCUUCCCACGCCCCAUCUCCCCGACCCCCACCACCCCGCGCCGCCCCCAACCCUGGGCCGGGCAGGUGCAAUUCCUCAGGCGGCCUACAGAGGGCGAUGUGCGCCGCCACUGGGCCGCGCCCCUCAGGCGCGCGCUUCCUGUGAGGUCAGGUGGGAGGAAACCGCCUGGAGCCGCCGGGAGUGGACGCCGCCGAGGCCCGGAGUCGCGCCUGCAGACACAGCAUCUGCUCAGCGUGGGUCACCUCUGUGAACAUCACUGACUGCAAGCCUCCCUCAAUUUCUGGUGCAGCCCAUCAGGGACCCACAGCGCCUGGGAGGAUGGUGCGGAUCUUGGCCAAUGGGGAAAUCGUGCAGGAUGACGACCCCCGAGUGAGGACCACUACCCAGCCACCAAGAGGUAGCAUUCCUCGGCAGAGCUUCUUCAACAGGGGCCAUGGUGCUCCCCCAGGGGGUCCUGGCCCCCGCCAGCAGCAGGCAGGUGCCAGGCUGGGUGCUGCUCAGUCCCCCUUCAAUGACCUCAACCGGCAGCUGGUGAACAUGGGCUUUCCACAGUGGCAUCUGGGCAACCAUGCUGUGGAGCCGGUGACCUCCAUCCUGCUCCUCUUCCUGCUCAUGAUGCUUGGUGUUCGUGGCCUCCUCCUGGUUGGCCUUGUCUACCUGGUGUCCCACCUGAGUCAGCGAUGACCUCUGAGGGCUGAUAGGGGUGGGCCUGUUGAGAGGGACUUGCUGGGCCUUGGUGUGAGAGCAGGCAUAUUUGGAGGGGAUCUGGUGGUGCCUUGAAGGUAUGAUCAGAGAGGGGACCACAGGUGUGUGUUUCCCCUUUGUGUUAAGCAUGAGGCAGAGGGAGACGUUAGUCCAGCAUUUCCAAAGUGUGGGUGGAUCCGUUGGUUCCCAAGAUACUUUUAGGUGGUAUGGGGCCUGCAUUAAGUGGCACAAAAUCAGAGCAAGAAAGCGAUGCCCUUCCCAAUUCUCUCAAUCCUUUUAUGCCGAGAAGAUCUCAGCUGGAUGCCAACAUGUUCCGAUGCCUGUGGAAGACAUGCCGACGUCUCCUCUGCCUAGGGAGCAGGACUUGGGCUUAGGGCAGGUGGGAAAAAUUCCAGACUUUUUUAGCACUGUUUUUGUUUUAAUGGUAUAUUUUUAUUGGCUACUUUAUUGUUUAGGACAAGUGGUAGUGGCAUUCUAUUUAUUGUGACCUUUUCAAUAAAUAGAUUUAAGUAAAAAUGA